UUUUGAGAGGAGGAGAGAAAGACCAUGAGCAGGGGAGGGACAGAGAGGAAGAGAGAGAGAGAAUCCCAAGUGGUCUCCGUGCUGUCAGAGCAGAACCCAACGUGGGGCUCGAACCUACGAACCGUGAGAUCAUGACCUGAGCUCAAACCGUGUCGGACACUUAACCGACUGAACCCCCAGGAGCCCCCCCCCCCCCAUGUUCCUUAACUUUUUAAAGCCAGUUGGGAGGGCUUAGACUUCCUUCUCUGCUUUAAUGAGAUUCGCUAAAAUACUCAGGUUUGACCCUCUGAGGUCUGUUGUAGAGGUUUGGAGACCCUGGGGUAGUUCGUGGCCUGGGCAAUAAUGAGAAUGAAUGAAAGUGCUGGAGACAGUUGGCUGUCCCCAGUUUGUGUUUGGGGCAUAGUCCUUCCUCUACAAGCCCCUGGGCGAUUGGAUGGAGAGAGGGUCUCCUGGAGGGCAGCCUAACCUUAGCCUCCAGCUGCGGCACCAGCUUCUCGGUUCCCCGGGGGCGCCUUAUCUUCUGUGGGUUCUUCACAUGGCCACCUCCCUGCCAGCACGGGGCUUUCUGUUACCAAAAAUGAAGAAUAGUGCCGAAUAGGAUUGUUUUCUUCCAAAGGCUGUGGCUGAUGGGCUGUUGUAAAAUGAAUUUAUAUUUCUGAAGUCUUCGAAAGUGAGCGAGGAAGGAGAAUUCAGUCCUUUGAUCAUACUUAUUGUUGAACGGUGCCUCUGGCUUCUCCAUUCUCACUCAGUGGGGCUGAGGAGGCCGCAAAGAGCAGCUCGUGGGCCAGCCCUGGGACACUCGGCUUCUCUGGGCUCUUCUCAUGCCUCCCCUCUGUCCAGAGAGGGAGGAGCAGAGAUGGCGGCCGCUGACUUGCAGUUUUCUCAGUUGGGGGGAAGUUGGUCGGGUAGGUGGUCGCUUUAUGGCCAGAGGCCAAGAGCCUCCUGAGUGGAAUGGCCUCUGUUUGGUUGUGGCCCAUGGGGCGGACCAGAAAGGUCUCCGUCCUUGUGUGCGAGCAAGUUGUCCAUUCACACGUUCCUGUUGUAAACCACUGGAGACCUUUCCUUAGCCGUGGAAAAUGGGACGUUUUGGAACCUUCUCUUGAAAUUUGUUUUCAGAAAAGUUACAGCAGAACAACAUCAGGAAAGUGUUGUUUGUAAGGUGGCCUACAAAACAGUUAGUGUUUUCUCAAAUAACUCGGUGGACUGGGUAGAAAAUAAUGGAGAGAGGGGCGCCUGAGGGGCUCAGUCGGUUAAGCGUGCAGCUCUUGGUUUUGGCUCGGGUCAUGAUCUCCCAGUUCGUGGGAUUGAGCCCCACACCAGGCUCUGUGCUGAUAGCGUGGAGCCUGCUGGGGAUUCCCGCCCCCCCGCUCUUCUCCUGCUUUUGCACACACGUUGUCUCUCAAAAUAGAUAACCAUGAAAAAAUCAAGAAUGAAGAUGAUAAGUUACAAAUGCCAUAAAAUACCUGUUUGGUUUGUUUAAUAGUUGGGAAUAAAUUGCGUUUCUGAAGGAAAUUGGAAUUGGAAGUACUUUGACCUUGCCUCCGCUCUUGUCAUUCCUCUCGUGCUGCCGGCCAGCAACUCCGCAGCCUGACUUCCAGUGAAGUGGGUGCUUUAUCACAUCUAGGGCUCUUGAGGGCACACUCUUCCCGGAGGUGGUAUGCCCACCCUGCUGCUUGAGGAAGCGAACGGGUGGGUGUUUUAUCGUUUUGUAAAGACCACAGGGAAAGAGUCUCGAGUUCCCUUUUUGACUGUUACUAUGAUCUGGCAGCUCUCCCUUCUCUCAUACAGACUGCCAUGGAAAGCCACCUGUUGACGUGUCCCUCACCCCCCCAGGCCCACGCCUGCCGGGGCAGGGCUCCCCGCCCUCCACGGUUCUGGCUGCUGAAUGUGAGCCAUGAUUUCUGCGGUUAGUACAUGUAGGCUGCUGCAAAGUGUUGGGCCAGGGGCCACCUGAGUGAGGGGAGAGGACGCAAAACGUCAUUUCCUCUCCCUUCCUCCUUUUAAGGUUUUUAUGAUGUUUCCCUCCAGUGUCGUUGAGAUACAGUUGACGUGUAUCACUGCAGACAUUCACGGUGUGCAGGGUGGCGAUUCGAUGUCUGUUGUCAAAUGACCCCACAGCGAGUUCACCCGGCAUCCGUCACCUCACGGAGCCACAGGUUUCUGGUGACGAAACCUUGUAAGACCUACCCUGUCCCUUUCCACGAUGACCUUGCUCCCCAUAUCUGUCUCUCAUCGUAACCAGCACCACAGCAUCUUUUCUGCCUUACGUCGUAGACGGUUGAUGACGAAGCGAUGGCGGUAUAAAUGAAGAUCGGGUGAGGGGAGAAGAACGAUGCCCAAGGGCGGGUGUUCUAGAACACCACAGCACGAAGACUUUUCCCUCAGCAACGACAUGGUGGAGAAACAAACGGGGAAAAAGGAUAAAGAUAAAGUUUCUCUGACCAAGACCCCAAAGCUGGACCGCAGCGAUGGAGGCAAGGAGGUGAGGGAGCGAGCAACCAAGCGGAAGCUGCCCUUCACUGUGGGGGCCAAUGGAGAGCAGAAGGACUCGGACACAGAGAAGCAGGGUCCUGAGCGCAAGAGGAUUAAGAAGGAGCCCGUCACCCGGAAGGCCGGGCUGCUGUUUGGCAUGGGGCUGUCUGGGAUCCGAGCCGGCUACCCCCUCUCCGAGCGCCAGCAGGUGGCUCUCCUCAUGCAGAUGACUGCCGAGGAGUCCGCCAACAGCCCAGUAGACACGACACCAAAGCACCCCUCCCAGUCGACAGUGUGUCAGAAGGGGACGCCGAACUCCGCCUCGAAAACCAAAGACAAAGUGAACAAGCGGAACGAGCGCGGAGAGACCCGCCUGCACCGCGCGGCCAUCCGCGGGGACGCCCGGCGCAUCAAGGAGCUCAUCGGCGAGGGCGCGGACGUCAACGUCAAGGACUUUGCAGGCUGGACAGCGCUGCACGAGGCGUGUAACCGGGGCUACUACGACGUCGCCAAGCAGCUGCUGGCCGCAGGGGCAGAGGUGAACACCAAGGGCCUAGACGACGACACCCCCCUGCACGACGCUGCGAACAACGGGCACUACAAGGUGGUGAAGCUGUUGUUGCGGUAUGGCGGGAACCCUCAGCAAAGCAACAGAAAAGGCGAGACGCCGCUGAAGGUGGCCAACUCCCCGACCAUGGUGAAUCUCCUGUUGGGCAAGGGGACCUACACGUCCAGCGAGGAGAGCUCGACCGCAGAGAGCUCAGAGGAGGAAGACGCCCCAUCGUUCGCACCUUCUAGCUCAGUUGACGGCAAUAAUACAGACUCUGAAUUUGAAAAAGGCCUGAAGCACAAGGCUAAGAAUCCAGAGCCCCAGAAAACUGUGACCCCCGUCAAGGAUGAGUACGAGUUUGACGAGGACGACGAGCAGGACAGAGUCCCUCCAGUGGACGACAAACACUUACUGAAAAAGGAUUACAGAAAAGAAACUAAAUCAAAUAGUUUUAUUUCUAUACCCAAAAUGGAAGUGAAAAGUUACACUAAAAAUAACACGAUUGCACCAAAGAAAGCGGCUCAUCGCAUCCUGUCAGACACGUCAGACGAGGAGGACGUUGGUGUCACUGUGGGGACAGGAGAGAAGCUGAGGCUCUCGGCACACACGAUACUGCCCGGUAACAAAACGCGGGAACCUUCCAAUUCCAAGCAGCAGAAAGAGAAAAAUAAAGUGAAAAAGAAGCGAAAGAAGGAGACAAAAGGCAAGGAAGUGCGGUUUGGGAAGAGGAAUGACAAGUUCUGCUCCUCCGAGUCGGAGAGCGAGUCCUCGGAGAGCGGGGAGGACGACGGGGACUCGGUGGGGAGCUCUGGCUGCCUCAAGGAGUCCCCGCUGGUGCUGAAGGACCCGUCCCUGUUCAGCUCUCUGUCCGCCUCCUCCACCUCGUCUCACGGGAGCUCUGCCGCCCAGAAGCAUAACCCCGGCCACGCGGACCAGCACGCCAGGCACUGGCGGACAGACAAUUGGAAGAGCAUCUCUUCUCCCGCCUGGUCGGAGGUCAGCUCUUUAUCAGACUCCACAAGGACGAGACUGACGAGCGAGUCUGACUGCUCCUCCGAGGGCUCCAGCGUGGAGUCGCUGAAGCCCGUGAGGAAGAAGCAGGAGCACAGGAAGCGGGGCGGCCUGCAGAGCACGCUGUCGGAGAAGAAGAACUCUUUCCACGCCAGCGUGGACGGCGCCGUUCCCAAGCUGGACAAGGAGGGCAAGGUCGUCAAGAAACACAAAACAAAACACAAACACAAAAACAAGGAGAAAGGGCUGUGCUCCGUCGGUCAGGAACUCAAGCUGAAAAGUUUCGCCUACGAGUAUGAGGACUCCAAGCAGCGGCCGGAGAAGGCCAUACUUCUGGACGGCGACGUUCCCAGCGAGGGCAAGCUGAAGGCCUUGAAGCACGACCGGGACCACUUCAGGAAGGAAGAGCGGCUCGGCAAGCUGAAGCCGGAAGACAGGGAGUGGCUCUUCAAGGAGGAGGUGGUCAAAGUUUCCAAAGACGAGAAGGCCCUGAAGAGAAUCAAAGAGGUGAGCAGGUCUUUCCGAGAAGAGAAGGACCGUGGGAGUAAAGCAGAAAGAGAGAAACUAGGGAAGGAGAAGUCUCCCAAAGAGGAACGACUGAGGCUCCACAAAGAGGAAAGAAAGAAAAAGUCCAAAGACAGGCCCGCCAAGCUAGAGAAGAAGAACGACUGUAAGGAGGACAGGAUUCCAAAGGAGAAGGAGAAGGCUUUCAAAGAAGAAAAAGAAAAACUGAAAAAAGAAAAGGUCUACAGGGAAGACUCUUCCGCUUUCGAUGAGUAUUGUAACAAGAGUCAGUUUCUGGAGAACGAAGACACCAAAUUCAGCCUUUCCGACGACCAGCAGGACCGGUGGUUCUCGGACUUGUCCGAUUCGUCCUUUGAUUUCAAAGGGGACGACAGUUGGGAUUCUCCAGUGACAGACUACAGGGAUGUUAAAAGUGACCCCGUGGCCAGACUGAUCCUGGAGACCGUGAAGGAGGACAGCAAGGAAAAGAAGCGGGAGAGCAAGGGCCGUGAGAAGCGGGACUACGGGGACAGGCGCAGCGACAGGGACGCCUUCUUCCGGAAGAAGGACAGAGACUGUCUGGACAAGAGCUCUGAGAGGAGGAAGGAGCAGGCAGACAAGCAUAAGGGCAUCCCCGGCUGCCUUCCCGACAAGGACAAAAAGCGGAGGGAGUCCGCCGAGGGCGGGCGGGACAGGAAGGACCCCCUCGAGGCCGCCAAGGAGCGGAAGGAUGGCAGGCCCAAGCCCGAGGAGGCCCACCGGGAGGAGCCGAAGGAGCUGGCUGGCGAGGCCAGCUUCAAGGACAGGCCCGACUGUGACUUUGGGAAGGGCCCCGAGCCCUGGGAGAGGCUCCAUGCAGCAAGAGACAAGGAGAAGAAGGAAAGGGGGAAAUUAGAGAAAUACAAAGAUAAGUCCGGUGACAGAGAUAAAAGCGAAAAGUCUGUCCUUGAGAAAUGUCAGAAGGACAAGGAGUUUGAUAAAUGCUUUAAAGAGAAGAAGGAUCCCAAGGAGAAGCAUAAGGACAAGGAGAGAAAGGCAUCUCUUGACCAGGUGAAAGAAAAGAGGGAGAAGAAUUUCCCUGGACUUCUCUCCGAGGACUUCCCUGAAAAAAAAGACGAGAAGAAGGGUAAAGAGAAGAGCUGGUACAUCGCCGACAUAUUCACAGACGAAAGCGAGGACGAGAAGGACGAGUUCGCGGCCAGCGGGCUCCGACUCGGGGACGCCGGGGACGCGCCGCGGGCGGACGGCCCCCAGGACACCGACCGGCACCGGAAGCACUCUGCCGACCGGCAGCACUCAGAGAAGCAGAAAGAUCGAGAGCUCCGAGAAAAGAAAAAGGAGAAGGGAGCCGCGGAAGGGGCGAAAGACAAGAAAGAGAAGGUCCUGGAGAAGCACAAGGACAAGAAGGACAAAGAGGGUGCGGACAAGUACAAGGACAGGAAGGACCGCACCUCGGCCGACCCCACCCAGGAAAAGAAGAACAAGCAGAAGCCUCCCGAGAAGCUGGAGCGGAAGCCCUCCGCAGAGGACAAGGCCAGGAGCAGGCACCGCGAGAGGCCGGACCGGGAGCACUGCCGGGACAGGAAGGUGUCGAGGAGCGCCGAGGCGGAGAAGAGCCUGCUGGAGAGGCUGGAGGAGGAGGCCCUGCACGCGUACCGGGAGGACUCCAACGACAAGGCCAGCGAGGUGUCCUCGGACAGCUUCACCGACCGCGGGCAGGAGCCCGGCCUGAGCGCCCUCCUAGAGGUGUCCUUCACGGAGCCCCCGGAGGAGAAGGUCAAGGAGAGAGAAAGGCACAGACACUCUUCAUCCUCGUCCAAGAAAAGCCACGAUCGGGAGAGAGUCCGGAAAGACAAGUGUGAGAAGAGAGACAAGAGCGACGAUUACAAGGACACAGGCAGCAGGAAGGACCCCGGCCAGUACGACAAGGACUUCUCGGACGCCGACGCUUACGGGAUCCCUUACGGCGCCAAAGCGGACGUAGAGGACGAGCUAGAUAAAACCAUUGAGUUGUUCGCCGCUGAAAAGAAAGAUAAAAACGAUUCCGAGAGAGAGCCUUCCAAGAAAGCGGAGAAGGAGCUGAAGCCUUAUGGCUGUGGUGCCGCCGGUGCCCUCAAGGACAAGAGGCGGCGGGAGAGGCACCGCGAGAGGUGGCGGGACGAGCGGGAGAAGCACAGGGACAGGCACGGCGACGGGCCCCCGCGGCACCACAAGGACGAGCAGAAGCCUGCGGCCAGAGACAAGGACAACCCUCCAAACGCACUCAGAGACAAGUCCCGGGACGAGAGCCUGAAGCUCAGCGAGACCAAACCGAAGGAGAAAUUCAAGGAAAACCCCGAGAAGGAAAAGGGUGACUCGGUGAAGGUCGGCAACGGCAACGAUAAGCCGCCGGCAGCCAGAGACCAGGGCAAGAGAGAUGCCCGGCCCAGAGAGAAGCUUCUGGGCGACGGCGACCUGAUGAUGACCAGCUUCGAGCGCAUGCUGUCCCAGAAGGACCUGGAGGUCGAGGAGCGGCACAAGCGGCACAAGGAGAGGAUGAAGCAGAUGGAGAAGAUGAGGCACCGGUCCGGAGACCCGAAGCUCAAGGACAGGGCGAAGCCCGCUGAGGACGUGCGCAAGAAGGGCCUGGACGGGCCCGCACGGAGGCCGCUGGUGCCGGACCCCGCCCCGAAGGACAAGAGGCCCAAGGAGCCCGCUCUGGCCCCGCCGGCCGCCGACGGCAAGCCCCCCCCGGGGCCGGCCGGGGACGCCAGGGACUGGCUGGCGGGGCCGCACGCCAAAGAGGCGCUGCCCGCCUCCCCGAGGCCGGACCAGGGCCGGCCCACCGGGGUCCCCACGCCCGCGUCCGUGGUGUCGUGCCCCAGCUACGAGGAGGCCAUGCACACGCCCAGGACCCCGUCCUGCAGCGCGGACGACUACUCCGACCUCAUUUUCGACUGCGCUGACCCCCAGCCCGUCUCCAGCACAUCCGCCAGCGCCUGCUCCCCCUCUUUCUUCGACAGGUUCUCUGUGGCAGCGAGUGGGAUUUCGGAAACCGCGAGCCAGACGCCUACGAGGCCGCUGUGCACGAGCCUGUACCGUUCGGUGUCUGUCGAUAUCCGGAGGACCCCCGAGGAAGAAUUCAGCACUGGGGACAAGCUGUUCAGACAGCAGAGCGUCCCCACCGCGUCCAGUUACGGCUCGCCAGGGCAGCGCCUGGAGGACAAGGCCCCCGUGCCCCCGGGUCCUGCCGAGAAGUUCGCCUGCUUGUCCCCGGGGUACUACUCCCCAGACUAUGGCAUCCCCUCCCCCAAAGCGGACGCCCUGCACUGCCCGCCUGCGGCUGUGGUCAAUGUCACCCCCUCCCCAGAGGGUGCUUUCUCUGGCUUACAAGCGAAGUCCCCCCCUUCGCACAGAGAUGAGCUGUUGGCCCCGUCCAUGGAGGGGGCCCUUCCGCCUGACUUGGGCAUCCCCCUGGAUGCCACGGAGGACCAGCAGGCCACUGCCGCCAUCAUCCCCCCGGAGCCCAGCUACCUGGAGCCGCUGGACGAGGGCCCCUUCAGCACGGUCAUCACGGAGGACCCCGUCGAGUGGGCGCACCCAGCUGCCUCGGAGCAGGCCCUGUCCUGCAGCCUGAUUGGGGGCGCCCCCGAGAACCCUGUCAGCUGGCCUGUGGGGCCGGACCUCCUGCUUAAGUCCCCACAGCGCCUCCCGGAGUCCCCGCAGCACUUCUGCCCCACCGAGGCCCUCCACCCCGCCGCCCCGGGGCCCUUCGGCGCCCCAGAGCCCCCUUACCCAGGCUCCCCUGACUCCUACCCUCUGUCGGCCACCGAACCUGGACUCGAGGGCGCCAAAGGCGACGUGGUGGACACGGUCCCGGCCGCUGUGCCCGCCCCAGAAGAACCGGCCCCCUUUGCCCCUCCUUCCAGGCUGGAGCCCUUUUUCACCAACUGCAAACCGCUCCCUGACGCGCCCCCCGACGCGGCCCCCGAGCCUGCGUGUUUGGCCACCGUGACUCAGGUGGAGGCUCUGGCGCCCAUGGAGAAUAACUUCCUGGAAAAUGGGCACGACCUGUCGGCCCUCGGCCAGGUGGAAGCGGUGCCCUGGCCUGAUGGCUUCCCCAACUCCGAGGACGACUUAGACCUGGGGCCCUUCUCUCUGCCAGAGCUUCCUCUUCAGGCUAAAGACGUUUCUGAUGUCGAAACGGAACCAGUAGAAGAGACUCCCCUUGGCCCUCCGGAAAACACCCCCGCGGGGCCCCCCGUAGUCCCGAAUGGCGGGGAUGUCCCUGCAGCGGCUGCCGAGGAACAGCCCGCACUGCCUCCCGACCAGGCGGCUCCCCGGCUCCCCGCCGAGCCCGAGCCGGAGCCCCCCGAGGAGCCCGAGCCGGAUGUGAUGUUGGAGACCGCGGUAGAGGCAGGGGUCACGUCAGAGGGGACGGUCCCCCCCGAGGACUCGGACUCCAGCCUGGGGCCCGCACCGCCAGCCCCGGAGCGGCAUCCAGCAGGGAGCGGAGACGAGGAGGCCGAGGGCCGGGACCCCCCGGCCGCGUCCCACGGCACCCCCGACGCCGCUGUCGUUGCUGCCGCCGCCGCCGCCGCGGAUGGCCCGGCACAGGCACACGCGGAGGACGGGGCCGGCCCGCUCGACGGGGCCGGCCCCGAGGGACCUGUGGGCGGCAUCCAGCCCGAAGCUUCGGAACCAGAACCCAAACCCGCGGUCGAAGCCCCGAAGGCGCCCAAGGUGGAGGAGAUCCCCCAGCGCAUGACGAGGAACCGGGCUCAGAUGCUGGCCAACCAGAGCAAGCAGAGCUCGCCGCCCGCCGACAAGGAGCCCGCCCCCGCCCCGCCCCCCCGCGCCAAGGGCCGCUGCUGCGAGGAGGACGACCCCCAGGCCCAGCACCCGCGCAAGCGCCGCUUCCAGCGCUCCAGCCAGCAGCUGCAGCAGCAGAUGAACACGUCCACGCAGCAGACGCGGGAGGUGAUCCAGCAGACGCUGGCCGCCAUCGUGGACGCCAUCAAGCUGGAUGACAUCGAGCCGUACCACAGCGACAGGUCCAACCCCUACUUCGAGUACCUGCAGAUCAGGAAGAAGAUCGAGGAGAAGCGCAAGAUUCUCUGCUAUAUCACGCCGCAGGCGCCCCAGUGCUACGCCGAGUACGUCACCUACACGGGCUCCUACCUCCUGGACGGCAAGCCGCUCAGCAAGCUGCACAUCCCCGUGAUCGCGCCCCCUCCCUCCCUGGCGGAGCCCCUGAAGGAGCUGUUCAAGCAGCAGGAGGCCGUGAGGGGGAAGCUGCGGCUGCAGCACAGCAUCGAGCGGGAAAAGCUCAUAGUCUCCUGCGAGCAGGAGAUCCUGCGGGUUCACUGCCGGGCAGCGAGAACCAUCGCGAACCAGGCGGUGCCGUUCAGCGCCUGCACCAUGCUGCUGGACUCCGAGGUCUACAACAUGCCUCUGGAGAGUCAGCGUCCGCGCCUCUCCCCUCAGGGCGACGAGAACAAGUCCGUGCGCGACCGGUUCAAUGCACGCCAGUUCAUCUCGUGGCUCCAGGACGUGGACGACAAGUACGACCGCAUGAAGGUGUGCGGGGAGCAGCUCCUGUCACCAGCUGGCGGUCAGACCUCUGUGGGACCCCACCUUGAGCCCUCCUCAAAGGUCACAGCACACACCCAUCACCACUGCUCUGGACGUGCUGACCAGUGCAGCAGCCAGAGAGCAUGGGUGGGAGCUAGAGAAAGAUUAGCAAACGUGUCUCCUGAUGCGGCAGCAGCACGAGGCCGCGGCCCUGAACGCCGUGCAGCGGAUGGAGUGGCAGCUGAAGGCCCAGGAGCUGGACCCCGCCGGGCACAAGGCGCUGUGUGUGCACGAGGUGCCCUCCUUCUACGUGCCCAUGGUCGACGUCAACGACGACUUCGUGCUUCUGCCGGCCUGACGCCCCGCGGGACGGCCACACGGGACACAGGCGAGGGCCGCACGCGUCUGCCCGGCGCCGCUGCCGAGUCCAGGCAGCGCGGGGAGACCUUGUCCCUCGGGCGGGGACGUCCAGGGAGAGACCCCGCACUUGGCCCCUCCCCCCGGGAGCUGCCGCGGGAGCACGAGGAGACGGCGGCCUCGGGGUCUGCUUUCCGGGCGGCUGCACGGGCAUUUCAGGAGCUGCAGAACGGAUGUAUUUUUUACAAUUUCCUGUUCCAUUCUGAUCAACUAAAAGAAAGAAAAUUAAGGCGGCCACCCCUCACGGACAGUGACCUCCGGGUCGGAGGGCGGGGACGGGCUUCGGACGGGCGGGGAUACUGUGGCCGCGCGCAGGGCUGCCCGCCCGCUGCGGAGGGACACAGAGCCGGGACUCUCGGGUUGUGUUUUUAAUGGAGUCAAAUCCACGUGGUUUGUAUAUUUUUUCCUUUAAUCUUGGGCAUUUUGUUUCUCUUUCUGAGAACAUAACUUGAAACACUACAGAGCCAAUAAUCAUAUAAAAAGUGUACCCGUAAACGCUGUACAGUUUUAUACACAUUCACAAUGUACUUUUGCUGCCUUCUAGAUAAUUUAUUUUGCAACACAUUACUGCACAGUUGUAAAUAACUUAUGUACUGUAACAUCACUUCAGUUAUGUGUAAAGAAAUAAAUAAAUUAAUUAAAUGCUCUUUGUA